UUAUUCGAGUAAAUGUAAAUAAUAAUUAAAAAAAAUAAAUCGAAUAAAAAAUUCUAUUCAGCGAUAAAACAAUAAAAAUAGAAUGUUAAUCAAUAUUUUGUCGGAAGGCGUGCCAAUGGGCGUUGUUUCCUUUAACGGAAGCGGCAGACUGCACGAGGAUAUUUCCAGCGCGUGAUCGGAACGACCUUUAGUGUCAAAAUGAGAUAAAACUUUGACGUCAUUACCUGAUCUUCCUAUGUUAUUUUGAUAUCUUGUUAAAGUUGUGUUCGUUUUUACUUACAGAUGUUAUCGAAACAGAGUCCUUACUUUUCGCCGACGCAGACAGGUGCUCUACCUUCGCCAGUUCCCGCCGAGAGCCCAUUUGUCUUUGUGUUCGGAGUCGUGUGUGGGGUUUUGCUUGUGGUGUUGGUAUUGGUCCUUGUACUGUGCCUUGUCAGGAGGAAAAAUGGACAUCCUUACGAAGAAGGUGAGCGACUUGGUCUUACUGCAUUGAUUCGUAGAACUGUACAUCGUAAUGGUCACCUACCUCGAGGUAAAGGAAAUCAUCUUUCAAAAUUACCUCGUUUGGGUCCUGUUUCGGCAGAUGAACUACCUGCUGCGUUUAUGGAAAGACAUAUGGACAAUGACUUGCUAUUUCAAAGUGAAUUUGAGGUAUUUUUCUUGUUACUAAUUUUUAAUUUUCGAUAAUAGCUAAAAUCUCGCACUGAAUACUAUGAAUUUAAACAAUUAAAUAUAACAGCUUUUUCUUUAACAAAAAAGAAUUUUUGUCCUAAUGGAAAAAUUUAGAGCUAUUUCUUUUUUAUUUUUUAUAAUAGAGCAAAUUAAAAAAAUGAGUCAAUGAGUCAGUCAGCUUUAGUGUUAAACACACCCCAUUUGUUAUAUUAUAUAGUUUUUGACAUGUUUAAUUAAAAUAAAUUUUGGUUCCUGUUGUAAUUUUACAUUUA